CUCGCACAGAAUGCGUGCACACGGCGACAUCUGGUCGAGAUAUUUCGUAUUAAAUGUCUUGUUGAAAAAUACAACUACAGAUGAGCGUAACCAUAUACACGGGAUUCAUUUCGGUUUUUACAUUGUUAAAUUCGAAUGCUGAGAUACGUACGAGGCGACUCGCAAUGGUACCGGUAACUGUGCUUAAAUACCAACGUCGAAUCUACGAUUUUUGUUUCUUCUACUAAUUUACCAUUAAGAAUACGUCGUACGAUGGGAAAAACAUGUUCAGGCUCAGUUUACUAAUACAGGCAUAAAACUUCAAAGGAUGUAACUAUGGCAGAAGGUAGAACACAACCAAAACUUAGUGACAAUCAAGCAUCUAAAUUUCAAUUGGAGGUGAACGAAUGUCUUGGUAAUUGGCUGGUAUACUUGCAGACACUCAAUGGCCUAUGCAUAGCGGGUACAAAGUUGGCUCAAUCGUUACAUACACUUUUGUUUGCUCAUGAUACAUUGACACAAUGCAGAUUGACAGGACAGUGUCUUGCUGGUUGGGAAGAACUGACAAGAGCAACCUAUAUAGCUAGUAAUACCGUGAAGAACCACAUUAUCUCUGCGUUAAGGGAUCAUGAAACUCGAGAAAAUGAAGGAGAUAAGCAUGGGGAAUGGCAGAAUGCUCCUGUUCUCAAAGCGGUACAGCUGAAUGUGAUAUUGCUUCUCUUCAACAAUGUUUUGAAAGACUGUACAGCUCCCCACCGCUAGUACCUUCAUCAUCAAUGCAACAAUCUGUGCAAAAUUGUCAUAGAUCACCUUUGCCAUAUCCUUUAUUUCCUCUGCAGGUUCAGAGGAGAUGGUCCGAAACUGCAGCUGCGGAAAUGUCGGGUGAGAUAUCAGACAAUCCUAUGAGAAGAUGGUCUAUGCCAUGGGAUUGUAGAAACAUCACAGACUGGCCGCGACAAGACGUUAGAUCGCGAUUACGAAUACCUCAUCAAGACAGAAGUAGAUCCACUACACCAGAUACAGUAUGGAAAACAUCUGCCAUGGCUACUCAAGAUGGCUUGCAGGAGGCAAUUCAAUUGUUAUCUUGCAAACCAGGUGUGCUAAUGAGAGAAAGAGUUAGACCACUAAAUCAAUUGUCCGGUUACACGAAUCAGCAUAUCCCAGGUGUUACAUUGACAAUGUGCAAUUUCGAGUCAACUUAUGAUUCGACUGUUUGGUCAGGAUCACAUAAAAUCAAUUCUGCGAGAUGUUGGCCUCACGAUUCUUAUUCAAGUGAACAUUCUGAUCAAUCAGGACAACGCGAAAGUGAUCAUAGCGUACACAGCGGAGAACACCGAGACUCGGGAAUGUGCGAGAUCUCAGUUGUAUUCUAUGUGGAGCAGUGGUGAUUUGCCUUUCAUUAAAUUGCCAGAAAGAAAUGAAAUGCAAGAUGAACACCCGUCUCCUUACAAUGUGAAUUUAAUGAACGAAUCUCUUUCGAGGGGAACAAACAACAAGUCUGUCGCUUGCUCGCAAACACGAAUCGAUGAACAUCAUCACGAUGGACAAGCACAAACGAUCGUUCACUGGUCUCUGCGUUUCGUUGAAAUCCUUCGAGAGAAAGAAUCGUCACCGGAGGGAGGGCAUUGCACUCAUCCUUCAUGUAACUUUGAUAUGUACACUGCACUUGUGUAG